AUGCCCCCUCCGAUCCGAUCUGUUGCGCUCGCGGGUGUGAGUUCUUUCUACCCACCCCAUCAGUAGUCACCGUGUGGUGACUUGGGAAACCAACACUAACAACAACAAAAUUCCCAAUUCCCAGGCGAACGGCUUCCUGGGCCGCGUGUUGCUGCAAGUCCUAUUGAAGGCGAAUCUCUUCCAACUCACGAUCAUCACCCGCGAGGGCUCGCAGCAUGACUUCCCGCCCGGCGUCUCGGUCAAAAAAGUCAACUACGAAUCGAUCCCCAGCAUCGAGGCGGCUCUCCGGGGCCACGAUGCUCUCGUCUCCGCCAUGGCUUUCGGCGCAAUCCAUAUCCAGAAGAACAUUGUAGAUGCUGCUUUCAACGCCGGCGUUCGGCGGAUCAUCCCCUCGGAAUACGGAAACGACACGACGCUCGCGAAAUUGGCCACGAUGCCGAUUUAUCAGCCUAAGAUUGCGAUUCGAGACUAUCUGGAGGGGAAAGUCGCUCAGCGACCCGACGGCAGGUUCUCGUGGACCGUGGUUCACAACGUCUCGUUCCUGGCGCCGGGCUAUGCUCUCGAUUUUUUGGUCGAUGUGAAAGGGAAGAAAGCGGAGAUCAAAGACGGCGGGGACGUUGCUUUCAUCGCCACGACGAUGGAAGAUAUCGGGCAGGCGAUCAUUGGCAUCCUCACCCACUUGGACGAGACUGCCAAUCGCCCGGUCAAGAUCUCGAGCGUUGUCACUACGCAGAAUGAGAUCAUCGACAUUGCUAAAUCCAUCGAUCCGAACGGGGAGUGGGAGAUCACGCAUGUGAAGACGGCCGAAUUGGAGCAGGUCGCGAGGCAGCGAUGGGAAGCAGGCGAUAACACAGAGGAAGUGGUCGAGAUGUUUAUUUGGUGUGCUUUCAUCGGGACGCCGGGGGCUGGGUAUUUCGAAGAGACGGAUAAUACUUUGCUUGGCAUCGAGGGUAUUGGACGAAAGGGACUCGAGAGAAUUAUUCGUGCUGCGAUUGAAGAGUGA